AUGCCGACUACAAAGGCUAUCAUCGUCUCAGACUACAAAACGAUAUCUGUCGAGGACGUCAAAGUACCCCAGCUCCGUGACGAAUGGGUCAUCGUUCAGGUCAGGGCCGUGGCCCUUAACCCAGCUGACUUCAAGAAGAUUGACUGGGGAGAUGCAGAUGCUGGCUCAAGGCUAGGAUAUGACUACGCGGGAAUCGUGUAUGAGGUAGGUAGCAAAGUCACUAAAUUUCAAGAAGGAGACAGAAUUGCCGGGUUUGUUCACGGAGGGGAUGCUACGAACCAUGACAAUGGUGCAUUUGGCGAGCUCAUCACCGCCAAGGCCUGCAUUCAAAUAAAAAUUCCGGAUCACUUGGACUUUAUCGAAGCAUCGACGCUUGGGGCUGGCAUGAUAACAUGUGGUCUUGGAUUAUACAAACAUCUCCAGCUGCCACUACCGCCAGCAAAAGUUCAACAAUCAACCUCCAUCCUCAUCCACGGGGGGAGUACAGCUACAGCCACCCUCGGCAUCCAGCUCGCCAAGGCAUCCGGGCUGUAUGUCAUUGCGACCGCAUCACCUUACAACUUUGACAACGUCAAAGCUCUAGGCACUGACGCCGUGUUUGACUACCAUUCCCCUGACUGCGGUGAACAGAUCCGCGCGCUAACAGAAAACAAACUCAAACUCGCCUUGGACUGCGCCGGAGAAGGCGAGGUGAUAUGUGGGAAGGCCCUAAGCAGUGUCGAGCCCAGUCUCUUCUGUACCAUCUUUUAUCCCAUCAAUGAGCAGCUGCUGAAAGAUACCAACCCGCUUGCACAAGGGCCUCUUCUCACUGCCGCAUACAACGCUUUUGGUGAAUCCUGGAAGCUUGGUGGCAAUCCCAUAGACGCCAACAUAGAGGAAAUGGAAUUUUCGGCCAAGUUCGUCGACAUUGUAUACGAACUCCUGGAGCAGGGGCGCCUUCAUCCGAUAAAACCAACGGUAGAUAGGUUUGGUGCUGGACUGCAAGGUGUGAUCAAAGGAGUUGAUGAGCUUCGACAAGGAAAGGUCCGUGGCACAAAAUUGGUUUAUACGAUCUAG